AUGGCAACGAAGGAACCAAAUUUAAGAUCAUGUAUUGAAGAAUUUUCUGCAAAGAAUACUGAUUAUAAAUUUCCUGAACAAGCAAUAAAUCAAGCUGAAUCAUUAAAGUCCUUAUCAAUAUUUGACGAAAAAGAUUUACAUGGUAUAUGUGGUGUUAAUCAUGGAACAAAAAAGAAAGAUCUUAAUAAAACAGGAUAUAAAGGUUUAGGAUUCAAAGCAGUUUUUGGCAAAUCCAAUAAGCAAAAUCAAAAUCAUGUAGCCUAUGCAAUUUUAUUAACUAAUACUGGAGAAAUUAAUUCAGCUUUAAAUCAAUUAAAACAACAACCAUAUA